AUGGUGAUUGCCGGUGCACCUGAGCCGUCGCCAGAGCUCGUUGCCGCCUGGUCGGCUGCGGCCGCCAAGCCUCCGGCGGAGCAAGAAAGGGCGACCAUGGCGACGAAGCCGCCUCUACCGCCGGCUCUGAAACCCGUGACAACAGUCUUUGAAAAGACUCCUCCCCACGCACCCGCGGAUCCCCUUGCCGGGUCAGUGGCUGGCCCGUCUGCUCCUGCUGCUGUUCCGUCUGCUCCGCCUGCGGCCCCUGGCCCCCUGGCUCCCCUUGUCGAGCCGUUGGCGUCUGCCCCUGCUGGGGGUGUUGCUGAUCCCCCCGCACCUGUCCCUGGCGCCCCUGUUGAACCGCCCGCUUCUGUCCUCGGCGUGCCUGCUCCGGCCUCUACUUCGUCACCGAAGGCGGCGUCCGCCACCACUGGCGUGCCGGCUCCAUUGGUUGCGCCCUCGGCGGCGGGUCAGUCUGCACCUGCUGUGACGCCGAUGGCCCCGGCAGGGCAGCCAUCACGCCCUCCGUCACCCGAGCGUCGCUCGUCGCGCCCCCAUUCCCCCGCGCCCCACCAGGAGCGCAAGUCGUCUCGUCGCCGGCGUGAGUCUCCAAGGCGAUACCAGCAACAGCCGCACUGGCCUGCUCACCUCGGAGGUCAGGGGGAUUGGAGGGGUCCCCGUGCUCGCGGCGGGGGUGGGGAGUACCGCCCGCCCGUAACGAUGGCGGAUCUUCAGCGGGAAGUGUCGAGGGCGAUCCAUGUCUCGCCGGCUCCUUCUCCCGCUGUCUCGGCACCUGCUCCCGUCUCUCGUCUCCAUCUGCCACCGGUUCCUCCCGUUGCGGGAGUGGAGUUUGUGGCCGCGGGUGGUGGCGCGGCGGCGGCUCCGAAUGCGCUUCAAGUUGCCGCCGAUAAGCCGCUCCAGUUCCUGGCGGAGGCACUCCAGCCUCCGCAGACCCGUGUUCCCGAGGCGACUCUCGGACAGCUCCACCGCCUCGCUGACAGUCUCCACGCGCUGCUGCUGAUUCAGGUGCUGGUCCACUCGUCUCUCCAUGUGAUCCCUCCUGAGACCUUCCGUGGCCGCCAGCGUGACACUUGCCUGGACACGGCGGACCAGUUCGCAGUGCUGCUGGCGCCCGUGCUGGCUGCGCCCGCGGAGGGUGGCGCUGUUGCUGCGGGACAGCUUGACGAGGCUGUCCGGGGCUUGAGGCGGCACUUGCGCGCAGGAUCUGGAGCCGCGGCGAUCGGCGCAAGCACGCUUGUCUGCUUUUCGCUUACUCCCCUCAACAAGAAUGCACUUAAUCUCCCCAGCAAGUGGCAUCGCUGA